AAACCCUAAGACCUAGAACCUUCUAUCGUCUACUAGAACUUGAUCGCCAAGUAGUUCCCAUCCUCCCCAAACCCACAUCUUUUAAAAGAAAGAUCAGCAAUCGCCCUCUUCCCCAAAGAAAAACUCAAAUCCAAUCUGAGCCAACAACAGUAGCAGUCUCAGAAACAGAGGCACAAAUGGCUAGGCGUUUGAUCCCAACCCUCAACCGUGUCCUGAUUGAGAAAAUCAUCCCGCCAUCUAAAACCACCGCCGGCAUUCUCCUCCCCGAGUCAUCCACCAAGCUAAACUCAGGGAAGGUGGUUGCUGUGGGACCAGGAGCCAAGGAUAAGGCUGGGAAUGUGAUUCCAGUGGCUGUGAAAGAAGGUGAUACAGUUCUUUUGCCUGAGUAUGGGGGCACCCAAGUCAAGCUUGGUGACAAGGAGCUCCAUUUAUACAGGGAUGAGGACAUCUUGGGCACUCUCCAUGAAUGAGUCAUUGGAUUGGGUAGUAUGUUUUUUUUAAGGGAUAUUGCUAUUCAAUUUGAGGGUCAGAUGUAACUGAUUAAUUAGCGGAUUGGAAUUUCUCUUGGAUGUUAGUUUUCUUUGAAAUGAACUAAUGGAAGCCCCUAUCAAUCUAUUUAUUUCCAUCUUCUGUUA